AUGCGUGCAGCCGAAGAGAGUUCUUCUCUUGCUUCAGCAGCACGCGGUCAUUCGCCUGCUAUUGCAAGUGAGAAACAGGCAGUGCCUGCUGCGACUAGUCCAUGUGGUGAGUCACCGCAUGCGACAGAUACAUCCGCUGCGUCUGCAGCGGGUGCUGUGAAUCGCAAUGUAGAUGAGCCUGAAAAAGAGCCCAUCUAUUCUGGCGGGUCGGAUGAUGCAUCCGACUCGAAGGCGACACCUCACGCCUCCGGAUCAUCUGGGGCGGACACUGCAAGAACCAGGUCGACUGGCUCUGGGGAAUGUGGCGGCAUCAUGUCAGAGAUCUUCGAGCCGAGUGAUUCUUCCGACGAAUCCUCGCCUCACGCAAGUCUAUCCGACGAUAGACUUGCGUGGUGA